AUGCAAACCGAUUUCCCAUACACAGCAAAUGAAUUUCCCGGAAGAGCUAUUGAACCACUAUCACCCGUAGUAGUUGAUAAAAAAUAUGAAUAUGAAGUUAAUGAAAUACUUGACACAAAAUUAAUCUGGAAAAAAUUAUAUUACCUAGUAGACUGGAAAGGCUAUGAUAUAAACGAAUGUUCUUGGGAGCUUGCUAAAAAUGUGGGUCACACAAAAGAAGUAGUUAAGGCUUUUCAUCAUCGAUAUCCCGAUAAACCUGGACCUGUUUCAGUGGUAUAA